AAGGUGACUUCCUUGUUAAAAAGAAUAAAAGAAGCUUCUCGUGUGUUUAUCGUGAUUUUAGCUGCGAUCAAGAGUCGUGAAGAUGCCUCUCUUAGGUGGAUAUUCUGAGGUUGUCAAAGCAGAUGGAGAAAUCCAGAAGAUCUGUGACGCUAUGAAGCACGAGGCUGAAGCAAAGAAUGGAAAGAACUACAUCCUCUUCACAGCCAAGUUGUACAGGAAGCAGGUUGUGGCCGGGACCAACUACUUGAUUAAGGUUCAUGUGGGAGAAGAAGAAUAUGAUCAUCUCAUCGUUUACCAAAAACUGCCAUGUGAUGGAGGAACCCUUCAGCUGACUGGCAUACAGGAAAACAAAAGACUGGACGACCCCCUUGUGCCUUUCUAAAGGGACCACAAACCAAACAAAGCAUCCUAUCAGUGCCUACAGGCUGUUCAAUCAACUUAUCGCACAUUAACCCCGCUCUGUAUCAAUCAAUGUUACCCUACAUCUAAUUGUAUACUGUCUUAGUAGUGUAGCUCAUGAUGUAACGAGGAUGUCAACAAA